AUGUCGCAGCAAGAACUCACAGGGGCGUUUUUUAAUUUUCUCAGUCAGAAUAGCGGCCACCCAACACGUCUCAGCGCUCUAAAGAGCUUCCUCGUCGCCCGACCAGAGGUCAAGCCGGUGGCUGACCUCUUACCUGUUGAUGAGAUGAACGCUCGCCUUGAUCUGAUCGAGGUCGUACAAACUAAUAUCGCGGUUUUGAGGCCAGACCGCCCUUUGAAUCAUAUCCAGUUCUGCUACCUUGUCGGAAUGCCACUUGGAGAUCUCCAGGCAUUUGCCCAUUUAAAUGCAUUACAUGUUUUCGACGCUGUCCGCGGACUUGGGAAAUUAACCGCUCAUUUCUUCAAGCGUGACAAGUACUCUGACCCAUCUCCCCCGCCCACACCCAGCCCAGCUCCAAAAGAUUCUGGCUCACGCCGUGGAGGGCAAGAAAGCCCUCGAUAUCACCCAGCACUCCCGCCUGGCCCUCAAGGCAGCUCUCAUCGCCGCACUGUUUCAGAGGGAAGGAUCACCAAACCUCGUUCCGACAGCAGCCCUAACCUCCCUCCCAAAUCCAGUCGUAGACCUCACACCCCUACUGCUCCUGGAGGUAGCCCCCAGACUCCCCGCACUGGUGGAAGCACUUUCGAUUCUGCUCCGUCAAGCACCCGAUCCCAAAGGACACAAGUUCCACGGACCAGAAGAACGAUCGAUGAAUGCAAAAGACUGGAUCAGUACCGGUGCAUUGUCACUGGUCUAGCUGAUCCAGAAGGUUGCCAUAUUGUUCCUUUCCAUUGGAACCAAGACCAAGAACAUUUAGAGAAGACCACGGAACUUCUCAAAACCGUUCAGACAAUCACCUUUGAGCAGAGGACUACGAACGCGAGCAAAACACUAAUGGAAAUUACCAAAGGCGUCAAAUCCAGCGACAUGCCUUGGAAUCUUCUGUGUCUCAGUCCUCAACUCCAUACGUGGUGGGGCAAAGCCUAUUUCGGUUUCAAGUACUACGACACAGUGUUAUGCGAGGAUGACCCCAACUAUUCGAUCAUCUCCCUCCAGUUUGUCUGGAUGCCUUCCAACGUCAAAGCCAUGGCUACAGAUCAGAUUGAUCUUGGAGCGCAGAGGGAUCCAUUGACAGCUUUGGGGAUUCAUCUCACACAUCGAUACGGCGAUGGCCCACUUUCAGCAUGCACUACAAGAAAUUGCACUAAAUGUCGGGAGACCCUGGGCGUACAGUGUCAUGAUAUAUCCAGCAAUCGACCUGUUGAGUCUGGUACCAUCGUCAAAGUCAAGCGCCUCACGAAAGACCGGCAUUUGCUUGAGCAUGUGAUCAAGCUCCAGUGGUCAAUCACCUGUGCUGCUGCCAUGUCAGGUGGAGCCCAGAUCUACGAGGAUGACUUGCUUUCAGAGAGCGAGGACUCGCCUUGUGAGUCUGUAUCUGAGCAACAGGAUCUGGAAGAGUCGGGAGAGGAGCUGAAAGAGGAUGGGGAAAAUACGCGUCAGGCCAGUAUUGAGAAGGUCGACAGUUGGCUACAGCAAUCAGAUCCUGUGGAUGACAUGGGGCCCAGCUAG